CACACGUGAUCGCACACGCAUAUGGACAUGGCGGCGUACAGGCUAGCGGGUGCUGUGUGGCUCCGGGGAUGGGCUCUGAUGCCCCGGCGCUGUCUUAGCCAGGCGGGCAGCGGCCUCCGGGACUAUGGCUUUAGGGUCCUUGGGGCGGACACGAAGCCUGCCGUCCGCGCGGCUGUAGCGGGGUGCAGACUGCAACACACGCUGUGGAGCCAGGACUUAUGUGCACCUUCUCGUUACCUGCUGGUCCCGGUCCGGGCCUUUGGGAACCGGGUCAGUGGAGAGGACAGCGCAAGCGGUGGGGCGCCCGGGGGAGAGGAGCCCGGAGGAGAUGGAGACGGCGGCGGAUACAACGGCCCCCACAUGACCGCCCUGACUCCUAUGAUGGUGCCAGAAGUGUUCCCCAACGUGCCGCUAAUUGCCGUCAGCAGAAACCCGGUGUUCCCCCGUUUUAUCAAAAUUAUAGAGGUGAAGAACCCGGAGCUGAUGGAGCUGCUGCGGCGGAAGGUCCGCCUGGCUCAGCCCUACGCCGGAGUGUUCCUCAAGAGAGACGACAGUAAUGAAUCGGACGUAGUGGAGUCUCUGGACUCCAUCUACACCACUGGAACCUUUGUGCAGAUCCACGAAAUGCAGGACCUGGGAGACAAGCUGCGCAUGAUCGUCAUGGGACACCGCAGGAUCCGGAUCACUCGGCAGCUGGACGUGGAACCGGAGGAGCCCACAGUGUCCCCAGACUCUGACUCCGAGCCUCAGCCCAAAGCAGCCCUGUCCCUGCGGAGGAAAGGCAAACGGGUGCGCAGGGACCCCCCAGGGAGCCUAGCCGAGCAGGUGGAGAGCAAGAUCUCUGAUGCAGACCUGAGUCCAGAGCUGCAGCCUCUGCCCUCCUCCUCCAUCCUCAUGGUGGAGGUGGACAACAUUCAGCACCAGAGCUUCACUGUCACCGAGGAGGUCAAGGCUCUGACGGCAGAAAUCGUGAAGACCAUCAGGGACAUUAUUGCUCUGAACCCCCUUUACAGGGAGUCCGUGUUGCAGAUGAUGCAGGCAGGACAGAGGGUCGUGGACAACCCCAUCUACCUGAGCGACAUGGGAGCCGCCCUGACUGGAGCAGAGUCCCAUGAGCUGCAGGAGAUCCUAGAGGAGACCGCCAUUCCCAAGAGGCUAUACAAGGCCCUGUCUCUACUCAAGAAGGAGUAUGAGCUGAGUAAACUGCAGCAGCGUCUGGGCAGAGAGGUGGAGGAGAAAAUAAAGCAGACACACAGGAAGUACCUGCUGCAGGAGCAACUCAAGAUCAUCAAGAAGGAGCUGGGUCUGGAGAAAGAGGACAAAGAUGCCAUCGAGGAGAAGUUCAGAGAGCGUUUGAAAAACCGGACGGUUCCUCAGCAUGUGAUGGAGGUCAUCACUGAGGAGCUCAACAAACUCAGCCUCCUGGACAACCACUCAUCUGAGUUCAAUGUGACGAGGAACUAUCUGGACUGGCUGACCAGCAUGCCCUGGGGCAGCAACAGCGAGGAGAACUUGUCUCUGGUCCGAGCCCGUGAGGUGUUAGACGAAGACCACUACGGCAUGGAUGACGUUAAGAAGAGGAUCCUGGAGUUCAUCGCUGUGAGCCAGCUCAGGGGCUCCACUCAGGGGAAGAUCCUGUGCUUCUACGGGCCCCCAGGCGUGGGCAAGACCUCUAUCGCUCGCUCAAUUGCCCGUGCCCUCAACCGCGAGUACUUCCGCUUCAGUGUGGGUGGCAUGACCGAUGUGGCCGAGAUCAAAGGACACAGGAGGACUUAUGUGGGGGCGAUGCCAGGGAAGAUCAUCCAGUGUUUGAAGAAGACCAAGACGGAGAACCCUCUGGUGCUCAUAGAUGAGGUGGAUAAGAUGGGUCGGGGGUACCAGGGUGACCCGUCUUCUGCCCUGCUAGAGCUGUUGGACCCUGAGCAGAACGCCAACUUCCUGGACCAUUACCUGGACGUGCCCGUGGACCUGUCCAAGGUGCUCUUCAUCUGUACGGCCAAUGUGGUGGACACCAUUCCCGAGCCCUUGCGAGACCGCAUGGAGAUGAUCAACGUGUCUGGAUAUGUGGCCCAGGAGAAGCUGGCCAUUGCAGAGAGGUACCUGGUCCCUCAGUUGCGCACCCUGUGUGGACUCUCCGAGGACAAGGCCAGUAUCUCCCCAGAUGCCUUGAACCUGCUCAUCCGACAGUACUGCAGGGAGUCCGGGGUCCGCAACCUCCAGAAGCAGGUGGAGAAGGUGUUCCGCAAGGUGGCUUUCUGCAUCGUAAACGGAGAGCAGCCAUCCGUGAGCGUGACUGUGGAGAAUCUGCAGGAGUAUGUGGGCAAACCUCUGUUCACCGUGGAUCGCAUGUACCAGGACACCCCCCCAGGCGUGGUCAUGGGGCUAGCUUGGACCGCCCUGGGUGGCUCCACGCUGUUCAUCGAGACUUCAGUGAGGCGCCCUCCAGCCGGGCCAGAGAACAAAGGAGAAGGCUCUCUGGAGGUCACAGGUCAGCUGGGGGACGUGAUGAAGGAGAGCGCCAAGAUUGCUUCCACAUUUGCCAGAGCAUUUCUGAUGAAGCAGCAGCCUCACAACGACUUCCUGGUGAACUCGCACCUGCACUUGCACGUGCCCGAGGGUGCGACUCCUAAAGAUGGUCCCAGUGCUGGAUGCACUAUAGUAACCGCCCUGUUGUCUCUGGCCACAAACAAAUCAGUGCGGCAGAACCUGGCCAUGACUGGAGAGGUGUCCCUCACUGGCAAGAUCCUGCCUGUGGGAGGAAUCAAAGAAAAGACUAUUGCUGCUCGCCGCUCUGGGGUCACGUGCAUCAUCCUCCCUUCAGAGAACCAGAAGGACUUCUCCGACCUGCCUGACUACAUCUCCAAAGGCCUGGAGGUUCACUUUGUGGAGCACUACAGCCAAAUCUACCCCAUUGCCUUUCCCCAGGGCCCCCAUAGCUAACAUGAAGCCUUCGAAGCUAGCACGGGCACUGCAGCUAACAUGGGCUCCACAGCUAACUGAGGCUAAGGACUGCACUGACUCACUGUCCCAUGGCGUUGGUCUCAUGGAAGUGCAUAGUAUUUUUUCUACUGUUGUUGAUUCUAUUUUCAUAUGGCGUAGGCCAAUAGGUGAAACAAUGUAGAGUGUAGCCUAAUGUUAUGAAUGCCAUGUACAACCAGGUGACUUUUUCAGAGCUGUAGUCUCAGCUCCCAUUCCCAGUGUUCCUAUGCCGCUGGUUGUCUCCAUUACUGUUCAUGUGGAGGAGAGAGAAGUGUUCUGGGCCAUGCAGAGGGAACAUUUAAGGCUUUAUAAACACUUGGGGCAUCUUUGCAUUGGUAUUUUAUGUAUUAUAAUUUAAAUGAUGUAUGUAUGUAUGACAAACAUGUUCCACAAUUUGUCUUUACUUUCAAUUUGAAUACUGGGAUUAGGUUUGCUGGCCUCUGCUGGCAGCAUGGUUGGUACAAAAUGACCCAAACAAAGCUAGAAUGUUUACGCACUUAAAGGAACCGAAUGUAAGAUUUACAUUUUAAAUGUUAUCUGUGUCCCCACACACAAGGCAAACAUGUUGAAAUCAAAUAUAGCUUUUAUGGAUAACAAAUGA